AUGAGCAAUACUUGGACGCUGUCCCCCGAGCCGCUGCCGCCGUCGACGGGGCCCCCGGUGGGGGCAGGCCUGGACGCCGAGCAGCGCACAGUGUUCGCCUUCGUGCUGUGCCUGCUCGUGGUGCUGGUGCUGCUGAUGGUGCGCUGCGUGCGCAUCCUGCUUGACCCUUACAGCCGCAUGCCCGCCUCAUCCUGGACCGACCACAAGGAGGCGCUGGAGCGUGGCCAAUUCGACUACGCGCUGGUCUGAGCCUUGGCAUCCUCGGUGUCCCUCCCGUGGAUCUGGAUCGCUGUCCUGCGGCCCACCCAUCAGGGGUGCUGCCGACCCAGACCUGCUCAGAAUCCUGUCCUAGAGCCCAGCCCAAAGGGGAGGAUGUGAGAAGUUCAGCCCCUCCCCAUCCCCUCAGGCCCUUAUCAUCAUCCCUCCUUGGCAAGCCAGAGCCCCCACCUGGUGCCUUUAUCCUGCCCUUGCACCCAAACUUAC